CGGAGCUUUUCUUCAAUUGUUGUUCGACAAAUUGGUAUCCCGCGAAUUGCUAAACUUUGUGCGUCAGCUUCGAGGUGGCUUGCACUCAGAGAUAAAACAGUGGAAAAGGAAUUUGUUAAUGAUUCAGGCUGUGCUGCAAGAUGCAGAGCAGAAGCAACUGCCUGGCAAUGCUGUCAAAGUAUGGUUGGAAGAUCUUCGAGACUUGGCUUUUGAUGUGGACGACAUACUAGAUGAGAUUGGUACUGAAGCUUCAGAUCGCAAGUUGGCGGAAGAACAUCAUACAAGUUUUUGCAAUGGUUUUGGCCGUUUUAGCCCAAGUUCCAUAAAAUUCAAUGUCGAUAUGAAGUCCAAGAUCAAAGACAUCACAACCCGCUUGGAGGAACUCUGUAAACUAAGAGUUGAACUUGGAUUGGAAAGUGUUGUUGGAGGAUCAUCAAUUUCAGAAAGGCAAAGACCGUGCAGUACAUGUUUGCCAACAGAAGCAGUUGUUUAUGGGAGAGAUGAAGAUAAAGCUAAAGUACUUGAAUUGGUGUUGAUGGUUGAGCCGAAUGAUGAUGCCAGUUUUCAUGUGAUUCCUAUCGUUGGCAUGGCAGGAGUUGGCAAAACAACACUCGCUCAACUUGUGUUUAAUGACAAAAAGGCUGUGGAAUAUUUCGACAUGAGAGCAUGGGUGUGUGUUUCUGAUGACUUUGAUGUUUUCAGAAUCACCAGGGCAAUUCUGGAGUCAGUUACUUCGUUGUCUUGUGAUCUCAAGGACUUAAAUCAAGUACAAGUCAAGCUGAAAGAGGUAGUAACUGGGAGAAAAUUUUUGUUUGUGUUGGAUGAUGUUUGGAGCGAGGAUAAUGACAUGUGGGAAACCUUGAAAUCUCCCUUUACGGUUGGAGCUGAAGGAAGUAAAAUAAUGGUGACCACACGUAGUGAACAUGUUGCAUUAAUAGCGGGACACACUGAAUAUUAUACGUUAAAACUGUUAUCAGAUGAUGAUUGUUGGUCUAUGUUCAUGAAGCAUGCAUUCGGUAGCCGGGUUAUUGAUUCUCCACGUAUGGAAAUAAUUCGUCAAAGAGUUGUUGAAAAAUGUAGAGGUUUGCCCCUGGCUGCAAGAACUCUCGGUGGGCUUUUACGCAUGAAGCUAAGAUAUGAAGAGUGGGAUGAAAUAUUGAACGGCAAAAUAUGGAAUGUAGGUGAAGGUCAGAUUCUGUCAGAGUUAAAAUUAAGUUAUAAUCAUCUUCCUUCACAUCUGAAGAGGUGUUUUGCUUAUUGUGCUAUUUUGCCGAAGGGUUAUGAAUUUGAGAAGGAAGAACUGGUACAUUUAUGGAUGGCUGAAGGUCUUAUUCAAGAAUCAGGCAGCAACAACCAUAUGCAAAUUGAAGAUCUGGGUUUUGAGUAUUUCCAUGAUUUGUUAUCAAGGUCACUUUUUCAACAAUCAAGUACCAAUAGCUCUAAAUAUGUAAUGCAUGACCUUAUCAAUGAUUUAGCUCAAAUGAUUUCCGGGGAAGUAAAUUUUAGACUGGAGAAUGAGGCAGGAUUUAUUGAUCAAUUGAAACGAUUCAAAAGAGCUCGCCAUUGUUCUUACAUCAGUGGGCAUCUCUGUGAUGGCAAAAAUAUGUUUCAGGUCUUCCAUCAAUUGGAACACCUAAGGACAUUCCUCCCAAUACUCACACAUGAUAAUGCUCAUUAUAUAACAAAUAUGGUUCUUGAUAAAUUGUUACCGAAGCUAAGAAGAUUGAGGGUGUUAUCUUUGGAGAAUUACCAUAUCACUGUGCUGCCUGAUUCCAUAGGAGAUCUGAGACAUUUAAGAUUUCUAAAUCUCUCAGGCACCAUGAUCAGAAGUUUACCCAAAUCAGCAUGUUUAUUACUCAAUUUGCAGAUUCUGUUAUUGAGAGAUUGUUUUCUUCUCAAGAAGCUGCCUUCCAAAAUGAGGAAGCUUAUUAAUUUACGACAUCUUGAUAUAUCAGGUGUUAAAUUGAUCCAAGAGAUGCCUUUAGGAAUAAAAAAAUUGACAUUUCUGCAGGUAUUAUCAAAUUUCAUUAUUGGCAAAAGCAGGGGAUCUAGUUUGGAAGACUUGAGACACUUGAAACUUCUUCGCCAACGACUUUGCAUCUCAGGAUUGGAGAAUGUGACUGAUAUUCAAGGCACAGGAGAGGCCAUACUAAGUGAUAAGAAGCACCUCAGAAAGUUAGUGCUAGAAUGGAGGUCUCAAUUCGAUGACUCUCAAAAUGAGAUGGUAGAAGAAAGGGUACUUGACAUGUUAAGGCCUCAUGAAAAUCUGAAAGAGCUCUGCAUCAAAAGUUACAGUGGCUGUAUAUAUCCAACUUGGGUAGGAGAUUCAUCUUUCUCCAAUAUGAUGGUCUUGAAAUUGGAAAACUGUGAAAACUGCACAUCCUUGCCAGUGUUAGGCCCAUUAAGUUCACUUAAAAACCUCACUAUAAAAAGGAUGACCCGGCUGAAAAGCAUAGGUUCUGAAUUUUAUGGAAAGGGUUGCUCAAAGCCUUUUGAAUCAUUGACCAGUCUUUGUCUUGAGGAUUUGCAGGAAUUGGAGUAUUGGGAGUCUAUAAUAGAAGAUGAGCAAGUUGAAAUAUUCCCUAGUCUUCAGAAGCUGUGGGUUGUCAAAUGUCCAAAACUCUCUGGAAGAUUGCCUGAUAAUCUUCCUUUACUGGAUGAACUCAUUAUCCAGGAAUGUCGUUUGUUGGAGGUUUCAAUCUCAAGCUUUCCAAUACUCAGCCAAUUAGAGAUAAAUGGAUGCAAGAGUUUUGCUUUCAGUGGUCCAAUUAGCUUCAAAUCUCUACACUCAUUGUUUCUUACAAAUAUUUCAGAGUUUGGGAACUUGUCAAGAUUGCAGAGGUUUCAGAAAGUGGAGUGCCUGAAGAUUGUUAAUUGUCAACAACUCAUAAGUUUAUGGCUGAAUUGUAAUACACCAAAUUCAGAACAAAUUUAA